UUUAACUCUCAAAGUCGAUAUCUUUCUCAAGAUUUUCCCACAUCUAAAACUAAUGGCAGCUUCUGUUUACAAACUUGCCACUCUUUUCCUAUUCUGUAUCAUCCCUUCUUCCGUCUGCGAGCUGGUUCAAGAGCAGCCUCUGGUGUUGAAGUACCACAAUGGCCCACUUUUAAAGGGCAAAAUCGCCGUCAAUCUCAUCUGGUACGGCAAGUUUACCCCUUCCCAACGCUCCAUAAUCGUCGAUUUCAUCAUCUCGUUGAGUUCCGCCAACCUCAAGCUUCCUUCGGCAUCUUCAUGGUGGAAAACGACUGAGAAAUACAAGAGCGGUUCAUCAACCUUAGUUGUGGGCAAGCAAGUCCUCCUCGAAAACUACCCACUCGGAAAAAUCCUUAAAAACCCACACUUGCCGGCCUUGGCCGGAAAAUUUAUCGGCGUCAAUACUAUCAGCAUCAUCCUCACGGCCAAAGAUGUAGCCGUCGAAGGCUUUUGCAUGAGGUGCGGGACUCACGGGUCUACCCGUGGUCUGGUUCGUAGUGCCUUUAUCUGGGUCGGAAACUCUGAGACUCAGUGUCCCGGUCAAUGCGCCUGGCCGUUUCACCAGCCUAUUUAUGGUCCCCAAACGCCGCCUUUGGUUGCUCCCAACGGAGACGUUGGGGUUGAUGGAAUGAUCAUUAACUUGGCCACCCUUUUGGCUAACACUGUUACCAAUCCGUUUAAUAACGGGUACUUUCAGGGGCCGGCCAACGCGCCAUUGGAGGCGGUUUCGGCUUGCACCGGGAUGUUCGGGUCGGGUUCGUACCCGGGAUAUCCGGGUAAUCUUUUGGUGGAGAAGACUACCGGGGCGAGCUAUAAUUCAAACGGCGUUAAUGGCCGGAAAUACUUGUUGCCAGCGAUGUGGGAUCCUCAGACAUCAACGUGUAAGGCGCUGGUUUGAUGGGACACGUGGCGGGAAUUAGUGGUGAAGGGGAAACAUAUGUAGAUAUUUGUAAGUAUGGGUUUGUUGUAAGUAUGGGUUUGUUGUAGUGGGUUCACGGGAUGGGUGAAUUGUAGUUUGGUAUGGCCCAAGAAAAAGAAUUUUGAUUUGGUGU